GUUCCAGACUCUAGUUCUAGCGCGAAACACGGGAAGCAUCAGCGCGCGUACUGCACAAGCGUGUUUGGAUGGGGACGACGAUGAGACACGAAUGGGCCCUCAUCGUCGCGUCAUCUUUGUUGCUCUUCAUGUCAUUCCCGACGGUCUCUUUUGGAAUUACGCCGCCUCGUUCGCUGCUUCACCGCUUCUCCGGCUCCGGCGGGUAUCUGACCACUGAGGAGCUAUGGUUCAAUCAGACUCUCGACCACUUCUCACCCUAUGACCACCGUCAAUUUCAGCAACGGUACUAUGAGUUCCUUGACCACUUCCGAAUUCCCGAUGGACCCAUUUUUAUGGUCAUCUGUGGUGAAUACACGUGCAACGGGAUAGCAAAUGAUUAUAUAAGUGUUCUAGCACAGAAGUUUGGAGCAGCUGUGGUUUCUCUUGAGCAUCGCUAUUAUGGAAAGAGUUCUCCAUUUAAAUCCCUAUCAACUGAAAAUUUGAGAUAUCUUUCAUCAAAACAAGCACUCUUUGAUUUGGCUAUUUUCCGCCAGUAUUAUCAGGACUCAUUAAAUCUGAAGCUUAAUAGAACAAAAGGCGGAAAUCCAUGGUUUGUCUUUGGCAUCUCAUAUCCUGGAGCGCUCAGUGCAUGGUUUCGUCUCAAAUUUCCCCACUUAACAUGUGGAAGCCUCGCAAGUUCUGCAGUUGUUCUGUCUGUCUAUAACUUUACAGAAUUUGAUCAGCAGGUUGGUGAAUCAGCAGGUGCUGAAUGUAAAACGGCAUUGCAAGAAACUACUAAACUCAUUGAACAAAGACUAGCAAAGGAUGGAAGGAAGCUGAAAUCUUUGUUUGAUGCCGCAGAUCUAGAAAUUGAUGGAGACUUCAUGUAUUUUCUGGCAGAUGCUGCUGCUAUAGCGUUUCAAUAUGGAAAUCCAGAUAAAAUAUGCAAACCUCUUGUUGAAGCAAAUAAGGCUGGGGAGGAUUUAGUGGACGCUUAUGCCAACUAUGUAAAAGAGUAUUACCUUGGAACUUUUGGGGUUAAUGUUCAAACUUAUAAUCAAAAGCACCUGAAAAAUACUGCUAUUAGAGAAGACAGUGCCGAUCGAUUGUGGUGGUUUCAAGUUUGCACUGAAGUUGCAUACUUUCAGGUGGCUCCUGCAAAUGAUAGCAUACGCUCCUCUAAAGUUGAUGCAAGAUAUCAUUUGGACCUCUGCAAAAAUGUCUUUGGGGAGGGCAUCUUUCCUGAUGUCUUUUCAACUAAUAUAUAUUAUGGAGGCACAAAAAUUGCUGGUUCAAAAAUAAUAUUCACAAACGGCUCACAGGAUCCUUGGCGACAUGCUUCAAAACAAAUUUCAUCGACUGAUAUGCCUUCCUACACUGUAUCGUGUCAUAAUUGUGGCCAUGGCGCUGAUAUGCGAGGCUGUCCUCAAUCUCCUUUGAACCUUGAAGGUAACGAGAAGAACUGCACUGAUCCUGAUGCGGUCCGCAAAAUAAGGCAAAAGAUCACAGAGCAUGUGGACUUGUGGCUAUCCGAGUGCCUGGCCUCUGAUAGAAGGUUCAUAUAAAUAUUUGUAUAUAAAUUAUCUAUUAUGAACUCCGACAUCAUUGCUUCAUCUAGUGUUAUUUAACUCACAUUUGUGUGAACUACUGUAAUGUAUUAUAAUACUCUCCUCACUCCAGUGUAUAUGACUUGGUCUUUUUCUUUUUAUAAGGGAAAUUAGUCUAUCUGAAGUUUUUAGUAUU